ACUCGAUCUACUAAUUAUAUCCUCGAAACAAUUACAGUCAUAUAUAUACAUAAUUGCAAUUUCAUGGUCAUAGAUGCAAAAAGCACAGCAAGCAAUCGUCCCCGGUCACGUGAACAACUUUCCCCUAAUCAACUCAGUACGCCAAACGUCCUCUUUUCAGUGUCCCUACUUAAAUAUCUAGUCGCCGUUGGCUAUUAUCAGGUAUACCAGUCUACUGAGUCUACUUUGUUAGUCUCACUCAAUUGAUUGUGCUAAACGGAUAUGCCAAUG